UACGUGCGAGGCCAGCUAUGGAGAAUGUGUGGUGUAGCUACAUACCGUCUUCUUCAACAAAAUAUAUAUGGAUUCAAUUGGGGAAGACAUGAACCUCUCCUCUCUCCAGAAUGGCGGCCCAACUAGCGUCAAAGGUUUCAUGGAACCCAUUAAUCUGAGUCUCAACUUGGUAUCCGACCUACCCUGCUAUCACAAUUUGGAGCCCUUGACGCAAGAAUUGCACAAUGCGGUUUUUGAUGAUGUCUUGCCCACUUCCAAUAUCCCCCCGCCACCGCCACCUGCCUCCGUCACGCCGCCCGCCACCGCCAACGGAGGAGGAAAGAGGUCGCCGCCGCCCGACCAGAAACGUCGCCGCCUCAUCAAGAACCGGAUCUCAGCUGCUCGAUCAAGAGCCAGAAAACAGGCAUACACGCGUGAAUUGGAGCUGGAAGUUGCCCAGUUGAGUAAAGAAAAUGCGAGGCUCAAGAAACAGCAUCACGAGUUGUCUGUAGCUGCGGCCGAUCACCGCUCUCUCCGCCGCACCUCGUCCUCUCCCUUCUGACUCAUCUUUUCCGCCACCACUACAACUUUAUUUGCGGCGUUUGUUUAAGACAUACAUGCAAAUCAGUAUCACUAUUGGAAUUCAAAUUUUGGCUUAUUUAACUAUUAUAUAUUAGCUGUUUGACUUAGUUAAACAAUUUAUAAAUGUUUAAUUAAUUAGCUUUUUGUAACAUCUUAUCGUUCCAAAAGCUGCUCAAAGUAGCUUUUUUUAUUAAUUUUUGUGAGAAA